UCUUUCUCAGCCUUUCUUUAAACUGCACGCGUUUAUGCUGUAGAUCUCCUAUAACAACUAAGCUCCUUGUUUUGUUUUCUAGUUUAGUUUUUAGGUUGUUGUAAGGGUGGUUACACGGCUGUAAACACUUCUGUCUUGCAGACCAGACAACCAUUAAAGGAGCUGGACUUUUCAAAGUCAAGACUUCACUGAAAAAAAUGGCAUCCAGUGGAAGUCUAAUAACGGAGGAACAUUUACUUUGUCCGAUCUGUCUCGACGUCUUCAGUAAACCAGUUUCAACACCAUGUGGACACAACUUCUGUAUGUCGUGUAUAACGGUCUACUGGGACACCACGCCCGCCUGCCUCUGUCCUGUUUGCAAGGAAGAAUUUCCGAGCAGGCCAAACCUCAAGGUCAAUACCUUCAUUGCCGAACUGUUAUUACAGUUUAAGUGCCUUCGUGUGACAAACACUCCCUCCCAGAGUUCAUCCGGUCAGCAGCCGGUCAGCCCUGGCAGUGAGGUGAAGUGUGACAUCUGUAGCAACCCUGCUGUGAAAUCUUGUCUGGACUGUGUCGCUUCAUUCUGCGACGGUCACCUAGAGUCGCAUUGUAUAGCUUCUGAUUUAAAGAGACACACGUUGGUUAAUCCUUUGGUGGGUCUGGGGGACAAAGUCUGCAGGGAUCAUCACAGGCUGAUGUUGCUGUUCUGCAGAAAUGACAACUUGGUGCUUUGUGACCUUUGCGUCGGUUCGCACCAUGCAAGCCACGAUGUGGUUUCUGUGCAGAGGGGAUAUGACGAUAUGACGCAUCAGCUGGGAAAAACUGAGGCCAAAGUGCGGCGAAUGAUUCAAGAAAGGACCCAGAAGGUCCAAAGCAUGACAGAGUCACUAACAAAAAGCAAGACGGAGACAGAAGGGAUGAUAAAAGACGGCACACGCUAUGUGAGCGAGUUGGUAUCUGAGAUUAAGAAGACCCAGGAGGAACUCGUCAAGGUGGCAGAGGAGAAGCAGAAAACGGUGGAGGAGCAAGCUAAAGGGUUGAUUACAGACAUGGAGAAGGAGAUUUCCAGCUUGAAGGUGACUGCAAAGAAGCUGGGGGAUCUAAAGGACAUUGAAGAUCAGGUGUGUUUUCUCAAGAGCUACCCGAACCAGUCCCUCCUGCCUCCCACUAUGGACCUGUCCACAUACAGCUUCAACAGACACCUGGCGGUGCAGCACAUGCAUAAAGCAGUUAGAAACUCGAUGGCAGACUUCCGGGCACUUCUGGAUAAGCUGAAGGAGGAAAUUGACACAUUCUCAAACAGCACAGAUGCAUCAAACGAGGCGGCGCUCAAGUACAUGCAGCAGUUUGAGGUGAACAUUGUCCUGGAUCAUGACACGGCUCACCCCAUGCUCAGCUUAUCAUACGACGGGAAGCAAGUUUGGUACAACAUGGGCACCAAUCUGUGGGGGACCCAGAUCCAGAAACCCAACAUGUUCACUCAGCAUCUAGCUGUUGUGGGACAGAGAGGCUUCUCUUCCUGCAGGUUUUACUUUGAGGUUUACGUCGGCCAGAAGACGGAAUGGUGUCUGGGCGUGUCAACGGCAUCGCUCCAAAAGAGCGGGGCGAUAGUUCGAAGUCCUAGCUGCGGACUCUGGGCAAUAUGGUUCCUGUUGGACAAGUUUGAAACCUUCACCUGCCCAGGCGUUCCGGUUUACGCGGGGAAAGUGGAGCGUGUAGGGGUUUUUGUUGACUAUGAUGGAGGUCAGGUGUCGUUCUUUGAUGUCGUGAGAGCAGCUCCCAUUUACUCUUUUAAUGGGUGUUUAUUUACCGAGGAGCUGUAUCCGUACUUUAAUCCCUGUGAUAAUGAGUAUGGUUCAAACCUGGAUCCAAUGUUAAUUGUUCCCGUUUCCCGACAGAAUGAGCAAAGUAUUUAGACAUCAGUUAUUUGGCUUAGUUUGGAAAUCAAUGACGGCAACAAAACUGCAUUUAAAAAAGCAUAUAAAGAAUAUUCCUAAAUGCAAAGUUCCUCCUUUUUUUAAUUAUUAAUUCUCCUCUCUUUUAAUUCAAAAUUUCUUUCAUUUUUAAGCAAAAGGGGUUUUAAGAGUCAGCAAAAAAAUAUAAAGUAAAAAGUAAAUAUGUAUAAAAUACAGUUUGCAUGGAGACACUAUCCAAUGUUGCUAUGGAGACCUUUUCAUCCAUUUCACUUUGCACAUAGUUUCUACCCUUCCUGUUACCCUCUAUAACACAAUCCUAUAAAGAAAUAUGCCUCUAUGUCGUGAAAUAUUUUUAUCCUAGAAAAACAACUCAGCUAAACUGUCAGUGUGGUUAAGAGCAUCAUUUUUAUAGCCAAUGUGAAACCAUAGGAGGCAAUUGUGUAGCUGUUUAACUACACAAAGUGUCGAGGUGUACAGAUUUAAACUGAUCAUGAAUACGUGUUAUUUUAUGAGUUGCGUUUCUGGGCGUGCAGGUGGCACAGUGCUUAGCGCGCACGACCCAUGUACAGAGGCCUUAGUCCUCGAUGUGGCCGACCCAGGUUCAAAUCCGGCCCGUGGUCCUUUGCCGCAUGACACCUUUCUCAUACCCCCUUUCCUGUCAGCCUACUGUCGAAAAAUCGAGCCACUGCUGCAGAAAAAAACUCAAAAAAAAAAAAAUAGUUGCAUUUCUAGGCUCUAACCACAUUGAGUGACUGAUAUGUAGCAAAAGGUUACAGUGUCACACUUUUGAACACUUUUUAAAUGUCACCUUUAUCGGUAAUGAAGCAAAAUGCAUUUGCAAUAUAAUUUUCAAAACCGUAGAGGUGCGGAGGAGGAUUUGGGCCACUGAAUUUUUUUUUUUUUAAAGUUAACUGAUUU